CCUCCCCACAGCGGCCGAAUAUGACGUCACGCGGGGGUCAGGCGGCUGAAGCAGCGGCCGGAUGUGACGUCACACGAGGAUCAGGCGGCAUUCAUGGCGCUCAACAGGCACCACUCGGCGGAGGGCGGUGUCGUCGUCCCCAACGCCGAGAGCAUUCUCAAGCAGUGUAAAGAUGUGGAGCUCUCCUUCAGUGACGUGACGGGCAAGCCUGAAGCCUUCAAAGGCACCAAGAAGGGAAUGCUGUAUCUCACCCCAUACAGGAUGAUCUUCGUGUCAAAGGGCAAGGAUCCUAUGCUGUCUUUCAUGAUGCCGUUUCAUUUGGUGAAAGGGUGCUCUAUUGAGCAGCCCAUUUUCUCUGCUAAUUACAUCAAAGGACAGAUUCAGGCUGAGGCAGGAGGUGGCUGGGAAGGGCAGGGAACAUUUAAACUGACUUUUAACAGUGGAGGAGCCAUUGAGUUUGGCCAGCUGAUGUUCAAAGCUGCCUCUAGUGCUUCCAGUGGAGUUCCUCUUCAGCCCCCUGGCUAUGGAUACACACCUGUACCUGGAGGGUAUGGACCUGUCCCACCUGCUCCAGGUGGCUAUGCACCUGCUCCAGGUGGCUAUGCACCUGCUCCAGGUGGCUAUGCACCUGCCCCAGGAGGGUAUGCACCUGCUCCGGGGGGCUAUGCUCCUCCUCCACCUCCAAAUGGUCCUUAUCCUUAUGCACCACCUCCAAUGAAUGCCUACGGACCUGCUCCACCACCCAUGGGAUAUCCGUAUGCCCAGAAUCCAGGUAUUUAUCCACCGCUCCCCAACAUGAACGCCACAAAUGUGAUACCUCCUCCCCCCUACUCCGGGCCAUCUCCUGCAGGACCCUCAGCCCCACCAGCUUCCACACCUUGGGUGGACUCAGGGAGCAGUAAGGCCAUGGAAGCUGCUUCCAGUGCGUAUUACAACCCUGCUAACCCACACAAUGUCUACAUGCCCAUGGAUCAGCCACCUCCUUAUUCACCUCCUGAAGAUAAGAAGAACAACUAACAGACGGAAAUUGCAGCCAGCCUCCCACACUCUCUCCUGGAAGACAAUUUGGCUGUCACUACCCAUCGGGUUAGCGUAUCUCUAGGUCUGUGUAUAUACAAUGUGUGUAGUGCUGGGCAGCUGAGCACCUGCCCUCCUUAAACAUUAAGUUGCUGGCAAUACAAGGCAGAACAAUAGCACUUUCCUGCUUCUUUGCUUUAUCGCAUGGGGUCGAAGCACUAACCUUUUGCUCUGCCUUUGGCUUGAGGAGAGAGAUGGACUUCUUAAACCAGUAGAUCGCAUCACUAAUCUAUGAGUAAAAUACAAAAGCUGUGGCAUCUUUGAGUAGAACUACUUGGAAUGCCAAACUUCUAACUUCUUCUGGAGCACCACUGAAGAAGAAAAUACAGAAAGCCAUGAAAUGUCCUUGCAUAAACCGAAACGGUGUUAAAUUCCCUUACGUUGUGCCACAGCUCAGCGUGAGAUGGGAUUCUGGAAAUCCCGUGUUGUGACGGAAGCACAGUUCUUUUCCUGUCCUAGACUAACGGUCAUGGGGUGACACACUUGGGAAUUGCAUCCUGAGAGACACUAAAGCAUUUGGGGGUGUAAGUGAGCUGGAGAUGGACCCCAGCUCAGCACUAGCUCUGGAAGGGACAAUCCUACUGCACUCCUGAUAGCCAGAGGUGUUUCUGGGCACAGGCACGCCUGGUUCGGUUACAGCAGAUCCUCUGCUAGUAUUUCUCUGUCUCCUUUCCUAUUUAACUGUAACUUUGCAAAAUAGGGAAGUGCUCAGGUGCUGCUCUCCCUGGUGGAGGACCUGCACUGCCUGAUGUCUCCUCAUCCUCUGCUGUGAGAUGCAGCUGUAGAUGCUUGGUCAUCUGAUGCUGCUGGCAGAGGGCUGUGAGAAAUGUAACCAGAAGCAAGCAGUGACCCCGUAAAAUCAGCCUGCCUUUGUAGACCCGGAGUAGAACAGCAAACAAAGGUGUGCUGCAGAGCAGUGAGUCAAGCUCAGGCUUACAAAUCGGUCUUCCUUUCACUCUCCAGGAAGCAGGUCUGUAUCCAUGCAGUGAUCCUGUGUCAGAUGGCUAUUCUUCAAGCGUAAUGGAGUAAAGAGCUGAGCAGGAAGCUGCUGCCUCUGAGCAAAAUGUGUUACAUUAGGAAGAUAACCCAGCAGUGGCCUUGUCAGGAGACAGGUCCCACAGCACUGGCUCCCUCUGCUGAGGAAGCUUGUGCCACUGUGCUAGCAUGAUGAGGAGAAGUGGCCUUUGUCUCUUCUUUGGGCCACUGCAGUCAAGGCAUGCAUGCCUAUGCCUGAGCAGCAAGAGUAGGUGCUGCUGAAGUGGAAUUUGGUUGCUCAGGGCUGCAGCACUCAAGUGUGGUGUUACUAAUGCUUGGGUCUCUUGCAGAGGCUGUGGCUGCUCAGCCACAACCUCUCCUUCCUCUUUAGGACAUAGUGCCAUUAAACGUGCUCUGGUGAGAGCCCUUCUAGUCUGGUGGAGACCCCUGUGAUCCUUUAUAUGUGGGAUAACUGUACUUCUUUUCACAGCCUUCCUACCUUCACACUGAAGGGGAAGGGCUCUUUUAACCUGUGUGUGCGUCGGGACCUUCCUGUAAGUCAGGCUUGUGUGACUUAAAUCUUCAAAUUCCUGAAGCAGCCCUGCAUGGGGGGGGAAGGUAACUUUCCUUCUUUAAAAACACCUCUGAAGUUUGAGUUAGAGGUGUUCAAAUCACUCUGUAUUUUAAAAAGUUUGUAACUUUUGAAUUGCACUUUAAUACAGAAGAGUUGAUACCUGUA